AUGAAGAUUAACGAAGAUUCGUCGCAGAACCGCUUCGAGGUCCCCGACGUCCUCGAGCCAGGGCUCGAAACCAAGGCCGUGCCGCUCUUCGUGAUUUCCGGGACGGCGGCGGAGGGUGACGUGACUCCUAUCCACCUGUCGUUCGGCGAGGGUCGGCGCGCAGUGGUGGUGAAAGAUCCGUUCGCCGUACACGUGUACCGCGGGGAGGAUCUGCUCAUGUCGUUCAACGGCAAGGGGCUGUUCGAGUUCGAGCACCGGCGCAACAAGACGGAUCCCGCGCACGCGGACGGCGGAGCCGCGGAAGGCGGAGCGGCGGCGGAAGGCGGAGAGAACGUUCUCGAGCAGCCGGUGGAGGGGGAGGGGGAGGCGAAGAGCGACGGCGGAGAGGCGGCGGAGGGGGAGGGGGAGGAGCAUGAGGGGGAGAUGAUGUUGCACGACGGGGAGGACGAGUCGUGGGAGGAGACGUUCAAGGGGCACUUCGACUCCAAGCCGCGCGGCCCCGAGGCCAUCAGCUUCGACUUCACCUUCCACGGCGCGCAGCACGUCUAUGGCAUCCCCGAACGCGCCACCAGCCUCUCUCUGCGUCCCACCAAGGGACCCGGCGUGCACAGCGAGCCGUACCGGCUGUACAAUCUGGACGUGUUCGAGUACCUGCAUGAGUCGCCGUUCGGGCUGUACGGCUCCAUUCCCAUGAUGCUCGCUCACAGCGCCACGCGCACGGCCGGCAUGUUCUGGCUGAAUGCGGCUGAGAUGUGGAUCGAUGUGCUGGCCAAGCCGGAGGACGUGACUGUACCGGAGGUGACGACGCACUGGAUAGCGGAGAGCGGCAUUGUCGACCUCUUCUUCUUCCUGGGCCCGUCCCCGGCCGGCGUGGUUCGGCAGUACACGGCAGUCACAGGAACCACAGCCAUGCCGCAGCUAUUUGCAGUGGCGUACCAGCAGUGCCGGUGGAACUACAAGGACGAGGCGGACGCUCUGGCUGUGGACGCUGGGUUCGAUGAGCACGACAUUCCGUACGACGUGCUGUGGCUUGACAUUGAGCACACGGAUGGCAAAAGGUACAUGACGUGGGACUCCACUCACUUCCCUCACCCAGCUGAAAUGCAGCACAAGUUCGCCGCCAAGGGUCGCAAGAUGGUCACCAUUGUCGACCCGCACGUGAAGCGCGACGACGGGUACUCUCUGCAUAAGGAGGCGACUAAUAAGGGGUACUACGUGAAGGACUCCAGCGGAAAGGACUACGACGGGUGGUGCUGGCCCGGCAGCAGCAGCUACUUGGACGUGCUCAGUCCCGAGAUCCGUGACUGGUGGGCCGGCAAGUUUGCCUACUCCAGCUAUGGCGGGUCGACGCCGAACCUGUACAUCUGGAAUGACAUGAACGAGCCGUCUGUGUUCAACGGGCCUGAGGUCACUAUGCCGAAAGACAAUCUACACUAUGGGGGCGUGGAGCACCGCGACGUGCACAACGCCUACGGCUACUACUACCACCUCGCCACCGCCCACGGGCUCAAGAUCCGCAACGGGCCGGGCAAUCUGGACCGUCCGUUCGUACUCUCCAGGGCCAUCUUUGCGGGAUCGCAGCGGGUGGGGCCCAUCUGGACGGGUGACAACACGGCUGACUGGAACCACCUGAGGGUGUCCAUUCCCAUGCUGCUCAGUCUUGGAUUGGCUGGCAUGGGUUUCUCAGGUGCGGACGUGGGGGGGUUCUUUGGCAAUCCGAAUGCGGAGCUGCUGCUGAGGUGGUACCAGAUGGGUGUCUUCUACCCCUUCUUCCGCGCCCACGCCCACCUCGACACCAAACGCCGCGAGCCCUGGCUCUUUGGUGAGCCCUACACGUCGCACAUCAGGGAAGCAGUGCGCACGCGCUACGCGCUGCUGCCCUACCUGUACACGCAGUUCCGCACCGCCUUCACGGCCGGCACGCCCCCCAUGCGCCCGCUGUGGUUCGUGUUCCCAGCCGACCCGAACCUCUUCACCCACCAGGACUCCUUCCUUCUGGGGCCCUCCGUGCUCGUGCACCCGGUUACUGUGGAGGGCGCAACGUCAGUGAAGGUUUUGUUUCCGGGUAGCGAGUUCUGGUACGAUUUGAAGACCGGGCAGCCGCACGCAAGUGGAGAGAAGGAGCUGCCCGUGUCUCUCUCAACGAUGCCGGUGUUCCAGCGUGCCGGCUCCAUCGUUCCCCGCAAGGACCGCGCGCGGCGGUCCAGCACACAGAUGGGGAAGGACCCUUUCACGCUGGUCGUGGCUCUAAACAGCAGCAUGGACGCCGAGGGAGAGCUGUACAUCGAUGACGGCAAGUCGUACGCCUACGAGAAGGGAGCCUUCAUCCACCGUCAAUUUCUCUUCUCCAACGGCAUCCUGCGCUCGCUCCCGCACCCCGAUGACGUGGCGGCGUCCCAUUCGCUGGGAGCGCAGCGGCAGGCGUUUGAGACGCCGUGUGUGGUGGAGCGCGUGGUGGUGUUUGGGCUGCCGACUGAUAAGCUGGCGAGGAGCCGAGAAGCAGUGGUAGAAGGGACAGGGGUGCGAGUGGAGGUGAGUCAGGAGAGGGUGUUUGGCGGACCGUGUGUGGUGGAGUGGGUGGUUGAGAGGGUGGUGGAGUGGGUGGUGGAGUGGGUGGUGGAGUGGGUGGUUGAGAGGGUGGUGGAGUGGGUGGUGGAGUGGGUGGUGGAGUGGGUGGUGGAGUGGGUGGUUGAGAGGGUGUUGGAGUGGGUGUUGGAGUGGGUGGUGGAGUGGGUGUUGGUGCGGGUGGAGUUGUUUGGGAUGCCUCAGGAGAAGCUGGCGAGGAGCCGAGAAGCGCUGGUGGAGGGAAUGGGGGUACAAAUGGAGGUGGGUGAGGCGAGGUUGUUUGUUGGGUAG